AACGAUUGCUGGUCCUUUACAACCUCCAUCUAAGGGCGUCCAACGUGGGCCUCAGGUACUUGCUGAAGUCAAGAUGGCAUCCAUGGAUGCCACAACACCGCCAACACCGCUUUCCCAUCGAUUUACUCUGGAGCUAGAAUUUGUGCUGUGCCUUGCCAAUCCUCACUACCUUCAAUAUUUGGCAGUAAAUUAUCCUCAUCUCCUGAACAAGCCAGCAGCAAGCCACAAUAGCUCGGACUUUGAAGACUCUGAUGCGGCUCGAUUUGCACGGUACCUGAGAUAUCUCUACGGAUACUGGCGCACACCACAAUAUGCCAAAUAUUUGACCCAUCCUGGGGCUACUUUGAGGAAUUUGGAACUCCUUCAGCAAGAAAAAUUCUGCAAGGACAUGAUCAGACCUGAUGUCAUCGCCAAAUUGUUCGAGACAGAGGUCUGUCAGCCUGCGCAGCAAGCUGAAACUGCAGACUCUAUCCAGCCGAAUCUUCCUACAGAGCCGGGCCAAGCUGUCGGCUGAUGAAUUGACGUCUAACGGCCAAGCAACAAGUCACUGUCUUCUACUCGUAGCUUCACCCCAUGUCAAUGGCUGGUGUCGCCAAUACGCCUACGGAUUACGCAGUCUCUCUUGGAGGGGUUUGUGUUAUAGUCUUCAUUCGCCAGACUUGGCUCGACUCGAGACAAGUUUUGCCGCAAGUUGAGACGGGAACCACAAAUUGCUGAGAAAUCAGUUCCGAACGAGGGGAAUUGUGCACGAGAGGCAGGACUCAGGUGCUGGCUUGUGCACACAGUCAGACGGUGCUUCCGGGCUAAGAUUUCUGCCGACCAUCAGGUCAACCAAUGCUGGGGAUAUAAGCCGUACUGCGGCCAAUAUCGCUGAAUGCGCAAGAUUUUGAGCUGUAAAGGCUCUAGCGACCUGAAUCUCCCGUGGAGACCAUAGGAGGUGGUUGCCAUCUCUGGCCAUUCGUGCCCAGCGUUGUGUCUUCUUGAAAGUCCGUGUCUGCUACGGGCAAUACAGAUAGAUGCAUGAGAUGUCGGGUAUGCACUCGUUUUCUAGGGAUCAAAUUUAGUGGGCGAGAUGCCGAAUAUAGUUUACUGAACUCGUGCUCAACCACCGUGAUAGAGUUGUCCAGGC